CUCUAUUUCUUCAUCUUCUUCCCUAACUUCUUUUUCACCUUCAUCAUCUUCAAAUAAAACUUAAAUCUUCAAAUAAAACUCAGAAAAAUAUUAACCCAAAAUUUUAAAAUUAAAAAAUCUCAUAAUUUUGACUAACAUCAUUACAUAACUUAGUUUGAUUAAAAAGUCACACACAAUAUCUCAACCAUAUACAACGAUCUUCUUUGAAGUUGUCAUUCAUCAAAUCUUGGUUUUUAUUUUUCUAUUUGUGGGCUUUGAAUUGUAUUCUUUUAUACUCAAUAACAACAUAUUUGAAUAAAUUCUAAUUUUUUGGGAUAUAAUUUUGAAAAAAAAGAGAAGCAUAACUGUAAAAUAGAAAAGGAUCUGAGAAUGAAAACUUCAAAUCUUGUCGCGGUGGAAGCCAAAAGGUUGUCGGAGGUAGCUUCAGUCGCGCGGUGGUGAACAAAAAUUACAAAUCCGAAAAAUCUCAGAUCUAAAAUAAAAAUCCAGAAAAAUUUCAGAUCUAAAUCUUGAAUUGUCUGUGAAUCUAUUGAAUGGUUUGGCUAUGAGAUUUGAUAAUAAUUUUACUCUGGUUUUUUUUUUGUUUGGUUUGUUUGAUGAAGAUUCAUGAAGUUUGUAUUGAAGAUGAAUAAGAGAGGAAGGAAGAUGAAGAACAAGGGAAAUAUUUAUGUGAUGAUAGUUCACCGUUAUAUUCGGUACACAUGCAAAUUCUACCAUUACAAUUUUAACAAAAAGGUCAAAUGGUUCAGAUUAAAACAAAUUAACGGAGAGGACCUUUUUGGCUAACGGAUAUGUCUUUAAGGGACUAAAGUAGACCUUUUUUUAUUUAAGGGACCAUUGUAAAACCUAAAAUGUUUUAAUGGACCAUUUAACUAAUUAAGCCAAAAAAAUAAAAUUGUGGGUUAAAAUACAAUUUGAGUAGUAUUAGAAGAAAGAAGGAGAUAAAGGAGAGAUUGGACUGAAGUGGACUGAAGCUGCCAUUUAUUUGUUUUUGUUGAAAGUCAAAACCCUAAAACCAUUCUUCAAUCAAUCGGAAAUGGCAGAAGAAGAAGCAAUAUCCGCACAAGCACUCGAAUCAUUGUCCGUAGCUGAAUCAUCCAAUCCAAAUCCAAUUCCAAUUUCAAAUCCAAAUCCGCAAUUGUUGAGUGCGGAGCAGAGAUUUGAGAUCGUGAGAAGCAUCGGAGAAGAGUGCAUUCAAGAAGAUGAACUCCUUAAUCUUCUCGCUAAAAAGCCUGAACCUAUUUGCUAUGAUGGUUUCGAACCUUCUGGAAGAAUGCACAUUGCUCAGGGUGUCAUGAAAACAAUCAAUGUGAACAAGUUAACAUCUGCCGGUUGCCGGGUGAAAAUAUGGAUUGCUGAUUGGUUCGCUAAGCUUAACAAUAAAAUGGGUGGGGAUUUGAAGAAAAUCGAGGUAGUUGGCCGUUACUUGAUCGAAAUUUGGAAAGCUGUAGGGAUGGAUUUGGAUGGAGGAAAAGUUGAGUUUUUAUGGUCGUCUAAAGAGAUCAAUGCUAAAGCUGAUGAGUAUUGGCCUCUGGUGUUGGAUAUAGCUCAGAAGAAUAACCUUAAAAGGAUAAUCAGGUGUAGCCAAAUUAUGGGGAGAAGUGAACAAGAUGAAUUGACUGCUGCUCAAAUAUUCUAUCCAUGUAUGCAGUGUGCUGACAUUUUUUUCCUCAAGGCCGACAUCUGCCAAUUGGGAAUGGAUCAGAGAAAAGUGAAUGUACUUGCCAGAGAGUACUGUGAUGUUAUUAAGAGGAAGAACAAACCUGUCAUCUUAUCACACCACAUGUUACCUGGUCUACAACAAGGACAAGAGAAGAUGUCCAAGAGUGACCCUUUAUCAUCUAUUUUCAUGGAAGACGAGGAGGCUGAAGUGAAUGUGAAAAUAAAAAAGGCAUAUUGUCCGCCAAAGAUUGUAGAAGGAAACCCAUGCUUGGAGUACAUUAAAUAUCUUAUCUUACCUUGGUUUAACGAGUUUACUGUGGAGCGUAAUGAAGAUAAUGGUGGAAAUAAGACAUUCAAAAGCUUUGAAGAGUUGAUAGCCGACUAUGAAAGCGGAGAUUUACAUCCAGCUGACCUUAAACCGGCUUUGUCGAAGUCGUUGAAUAAAAUUCUAGAGCCUGUAAGGCAGCACUUCAAAACUGACAGCAAUGCUAAAGAGCUACUAAAAAGAGUCAAGGCCUACAGAGUCACCAAGUAAUGUGCUGAUUAAAGACUUCAGGCUAAUUUUAUUAUUUCCAAACAGACCUAGAAAUUUUCAUUGUUAUAAAGUACGUUUUUUUCACUUGUAAAAUUUGGCGAAUAUGAGAAAUGUGACAAAUAUUGGUAUGAGUUUCAAAUUUUGUGGUAUGCAUCUUUUGGGUGUGUUGAACCCUUCAGCAUAUUUUAGAACAUUCAUGUAGUUUCUUGGAUGCACUUCUCUCUUAUAUACAUAAAGGAGAACAAAGAAAUAAAACUAUUAAGUGCAGAAACUUAUAGUCAA